GGAAGGAAGCGCAUCCGCAGCCAUGUUAGCUCAAGCCGACCGGGCCCGAGCCGUUAGCGCCCGGGACCCGCCAAGUGCCCGCGCGCGUCGCUCACGAGCGCGGCUCCGCGCGAGGCGAUGCAGCCGCUGCGGUACCCGUGGCCUGUGCAGACACCAGAGUGGUGGCAGUUGCCACCGCACCACAGGCACGGGCAGCAGGACCAGGCUGCGCUCGAGCCCGACGCAGCCGCCCUGCCGCAGAGCCUCCUGGCGGAAGAGGCGUCGCAGUCCUGGGCGGAGGCUGCGGCGGCACUGCAGUCGAUGCAGAGCCUGCACCAGGCCAUAAUGUACGACGCCGUGAUGCGGCAUGCUUGUGCUCCAGUGCCUAUCGUACACGACCACAGGCCACAGUCGCGGGCGACGGCCGCGGUGACGGAGGGCGAGGCGAUGGUGGCGGCCGAGCGGGCGCUGGCCCUGCUGGAGCUGGAGGAGCAGCAGCGGCCCGCCGAGCUGACGACGCCACCUGGCCUCCGCCUCGCGCGGCGGCGCCGCGGGGCGUCGCGGGCAGCAGCGGCGCCCUCGCGCGGCGGCGCCGCGGGCUGCGGCGAGGACGACGCGGCCAGACAGGACGAGGUCAGGAUGCUACUGCAGCGCAUGGAGGCCAUGGCUGCGACCACCGUGAUGGUGCGGAACCUGCCCAGGCAGCUGGCGCAGGAGCAGCUGCUGCAGAAGUUCAUCGAGGUCGGACUCGCAGGAACGUUCGACUUUCUCUACAUGCCGAUCAAUGUCGCGACGGGCGAGGGCAACGGCUACGGAUUCAUCAAUUUCUCGUCGUGGCCAGGAUUGCAGAGGUUCGUGCACGACUGGCACGGCAGGUUUCUCUUCCCCGAGCUCCACAGCGACGCCUCUCUCAGCGUGUCCAUCGCCACGCAGCAGGGCAAAACGGCCAACGUGAUGAAGUGGGGCACCCCGCGGUUGAAGCGGGUCCGCAACCCUGUGCUGAAGCCGAUCGUCCUGCCGGACCCGCUCUGCAACAUCGCGGAGGAGCUCGAGAGGCAGCAAGCGGAGCUCCGCUAGGGCGAGCGGGGGCGAAGGCUGCCCGCGUCGAGGGAGCGCGACGCGGCUCCGCGAAGUCGUCUGAGCACAGAGGCGUCCGCGCCGACGCCUUGCGCGUGCACGCGGGACACCCGGGCUGCGCUCCAGGCGCCACCUGCGCGGUCCGCGGCCCGAGUGGCCCGAAUCCGCGCAGGGGGAGGCCGCGUGGGGAUCGAAUAAGCGAGAAAGCAGUUUUGUGUCUUCCAGCCCAACGGGCGUCGAUGAUUUUUUCUAGGUUGCCUAGGGGGAGAAGGGCCUUUGCCUCGCUCUGGUCGCGCACGACCCUGACGCCGUCGUUCGUCGCCGCCUGGAAGGUGCAUUACUGGAGAAACGAAUCAGAUGUCAAGGGGUUAACUACGGACUGCGCCUGACGAUGUGCACGCGUCGAAAGCACCCCAUACCCAUCCAGUCUGGAGCUGCCAGAGGGGGGGCUAAAGGCACCGAUCCCGAGGCCCAGGAUUGGCUCGGCCGCGGCGGUGGCUCAAGUGGAUGCGGCCGCAGCAAGAAGGCAAUCGCGCUGCCACGCAGGUCCCG